CCCCCGAUCGGGGCUGCGGGGAGCGGGGAGCCGGGACCCCCCCCCUGCCCCGGGGACCAUGGCCCGGCUGGAGGCGGUGGCCAACGUGGCACUGAGGGUGCCCGGGCUGGCACUGCUGGACCUGCUGUACCGAUGGGACACGGCGGCCAUCGGCCACCUCCUCCCGCACCGCCCCCCCGCCGCAGCCCCGCUCCUGCCGGAGACCGCCCUGCGUGGCCUCUAUGGCCUCGGUCACCUCCUGUCCCUGGUGGUUCUGGUGCUGCCGGUACCGGCGCUGGUCCAGCUCUACCUCCACCUCCUGACCGCGCUGCUGCUCGCCGCGGGACACACGGCAGCCAGGGAUUACAUCCUCCAGGAGCUGCGGUCCAGCUCCCAGGGCACUGUGUACGGUGACACCGCGGCGCUGGGACGUGCCACCACCCUGCUGGCAGGCCAGCUCUGUCUCUGGGCUCUCUGUGUGCUGCUGCUGCGGAGCCGCCGCCCGUGGCUGUUGGGGACCCCCCUGGUUCCGGUGCUGGCCCGGCUCGGGGGGGUCCCUCCCCACGCCCUGCCCCCUCUCCACGCCGUGGCUGCCGGGCUGGCCGGGCUGCAGGGGGUCCUUGUCCUGGGGUCACACCUCCUGCUGCCCCUCCGCAUGGCUGCCACUGCCACCAGGGAGCUGGCCCAGUCACUGGAGCUGUCCCGGCUGGUGGCCCUGGGGAUGUCCCUCUGGGGACAGUUGUCCAUCCCCCUCCUCUUCCUCGUCUUCUGGCUCAUCCUCUUCUCCCUGCGGCUCAUCUCCCUCCUGGCCCCCAGCGACAGCCCCCCAGCCCCCCAGGGCCUUCUCUUCCUCCUCCUCAGCAGUGCUGCUGAGUGCUGCAGUUCACCCUACUCCCUGCUGGGUCUCACCUUCACCACCUCCUACCUGGCCCUGGGGGUCCUCACCCUCUGCAAGUUCUGCCUGCAGGGCAUGGACGCCUUCCACAACGGGAACGUCAUGCACCGGGGGGUGACAGAGGGGGUGACACUGCUGCUGCUGGCGCUGCAGACGGGGCUGCUGGACCUGCAGGUCCUUCAGAGGACCUUCCUCCUCAGCAUCAUCCUCUUCAUCGUGGUCACCUCCACCCUGCAGUCCAUGAUUGAGAUCACGGAUCCCAUCCUGCUGGCGCUGGGGGCCUCCCGCAACAGGAGCCCCUGGAAGCAUUUCCGUGGGGUCAGCAUGUGCCUCUUCCUGCUGCUCUUCCCGUGCUUCAUGGCCUACAAGAUCGCCCACCUCUUCCACCUGGAUUUCUGGCUGCUCAUCCUGGUCUCCAGCUGCAUGCUCACCUCCCUGCAGGUGAUGGGCACCCUCUUCAUCUACACCCUCUUCAUGGUGGAGCUGGUGCAGGAGGCGCCUCUGGAGCGGAUGGAUGAGAUCAUUUACUGGGUGAAGGCCGUCAGCCGGGUGCUGGAGUUCCUGGUGGCCCUGAGCGUGGUGGGGUACGGCUCCUGGGAGUCCCUUUUUGGGGAGUGGAGCUGGCUGGGGGCCUCGGUCAUCAUCAUCCACUCCUACUUCAACGUCUGGCUGCGGGCCCAGGCGGGCUGGAGGAGCUUCCUGCUGCGCAGACACGCUGCCCAGAGCCUCAGCGCCUUGCCCAGAGCCACUGCCAGCCACCUGCGGGACCACGAUGACAUCUGUGCCAUCUGCUUCCAGGACAUGGAGGUGGCACUCGUCACCCCCUGCGCUCACAUCUUCCACGCCUCCUGCCUGCGCAAGUGGCUCUACGUGCAGGACACUUGUCCCAUGUGCCACCGCCGAGUGACACCGGUGGCUGCCCGGACAGACCCCGCCGGGGCUCGGGGGGACAGCGGAGGGGACGAGGGGCAGAAGGAUGGAGCAGCCACCAGCGGCCCGGAGGGGACAGAGCUGACCAGUGGGCACAGCGUGGGCUCCGAACGCAGGGACCUCGAUCCCCCCGACCCUGCUCGUCCCCAGGAGGUGGCAGGAGGAGCAGGGGCCGUGCUGCAGCCCCCAGGAGACCCCCACCCCCAGGACACGCAGCCCCCGUGCCCCCCGCCCUCCUGCCCAGACCCUCCUGCCAGCCCCGAGCUCCACGCUGGGGACAACGGGGACUGUCACAGCAGCCACCACCCCUCCUAGCACCACAACUGAGCCCCCGCUGCCAGGGUCACCUCUGCAGGGGGCAUCUUGGCAGGGACGGGGGCUGGGGACCCCCUGUGGCACUGGUGUCCCCAAAUGCCAGCAUCCCCAAGGACUCUUUUUGCAAUAAAGCCAGAGCUGAAGUGGCUGGGAUGGCGACA